AUGGAAGUGGUGAAAAUCGGGGUGAAGACAAAGCUCGAGAGUCGAAAGGAAAUGGAUUUAAAGACAGCGAAGGGGGUGAAUAGAAAUGGCGGAGAGGUCGUGAAUGAGAAGGUCGUGGGAGAGGCUGCCGAGAAAAGCGUGGCCGAGGGCGAUAGCGACUGGGAAGUCAAGACAGCAGGGGCGCCGAGAGGAGUAGCGAAGUGGGGGAAAACAAGAAAAGACGCGUGCGCUGGCAACGCCGACGGCACACACGCGGCCUGCGCUUGCCGUGGGAAUCACCUUCCGUACACAGACCUCGUUGCCUGGCACCUCGCUGUCUACUUCGCCACGCUCAACGUAAUCUACCACUCCGUCGGCCUCGUCCCCCGCGGCUCCGCGUCGUCCUACAGCUCCCUCGCGGGGGCCAUGGGCGACAACCCUUUCCUCGGUCCUGGCGCUGCCGGGCCCUCUCUCCCCGACGGCUCCCCCUCCCACUUCCAGGCCACAGGCAACUUUGACCCUGAGGACGAGAAGCGUCUCCUCGACGCCACUGCCGCCUUCUUUGAGGACAUCGUCCGACGCCCCAAUUCGUUCGACUCCCUCGCCACCAUCGCCCGUUCGCUCGGCGUCGACCAAUUAGAGGCCGAGCACUACUACAACCUCAACUGUGACUACUUCGAAGUCACAUGCAACCUCGCCGAGAAGGCGGGCCCGUUUCUCCGGGCCUACCACAGCAGCACCCCGCCCCCGCUCGUCCUGCAGUGCAUGUCCCGGCUUUCCUCGGCAAAGUCGGUCAGCCGGGACACCGCCAUUUGCCGAAGGGGAGUCGUUCGGCCGGACUCCCCUGGUUUUCCCAGAGGAGCCGCCCGGCCGGACCCGGUCGAAGUCUGGCUGAACCUACCCAAGCAUGCAGCAGCCACCUUCAAAACCUCUGAUACUUGGAGGUGGGUGUCCAAGGACAGACAUACCAGGGAGCACCAGGGUCCAAUGCAAGCAGCAGACCACCAGGCAGUGGUGCAGGCCCGACACUGCACCAGGUGGCAAUGGACGGAUGGCCGGCGAUAA